GUUUCAUGAUGAUAUGGAUCUGUCUAUUUAUGUUACAGCCACAGAAUAGUCGCCAAAGUUGUCCCAAUUAUUAUCCGUCACGUGUAUUAGCGUCAUUCUACAAACAACUUACCCGCCAAAAACUGAUCACGAAAAUUUGCCAGGGGUACCCGUCUUUAGAUUUAUCAGUCAACGACUCACGGCUGACAAACAGGAUAAUGGGGAAUCGAUCCAGCCUACUAUUGCGUGAGGAGGAAAUUGCGCAAAUUCAGGAUGCGACUGGAUUUACACCAAACCAAAUAGAGCGACUGUAUAGCAGAUUCACCAGCUUGGAUCGUGGGGAUUGUGGGACCUUGAGCCGUGAGGAUUUCCUCAGAAUCCCUGAGUUAGCCAUUAAUCCACUUGGUGACAGAAUUGUGAACGCGUUCUUCGAAGAGGGCGGCAGUGACAGAGUCAACUUUCUCCAAUUCAUGCAAGUCUUGGCCCACUUUAGGCCUAUUAAAAAGAACAGUCCAAAUCGGCUAAACUCUAGACAAGAAAAAUUGAAAUUUGCCUUCAGAAUGUACGAUUUGGAUAACGAUGAUUUAAUUUCAAAGGAUGAAUUACUGGCAAUCUUGCAUAUGAUGGUGGGGGCCAAUAUAAGUGAAGAACAGCUGACUAGCAUCGCCGAGCGGACUAUAGUAGAGGCUGAUGAAAAUGGGGAUGGGAUGAUUUCAUUCGAGGAAUUUGUCAAAGCAUUGGAAAGGACGGACGUUGAACAAAAAAUGUCCAUCAGAUUUCUUAGCUAAAAAUUGUAUCUACUGAUCAAGCACAGAGUAUUGUAUAUUAAUAGCUGAAUAUAGUCAUUAAUCUGUUUAUGUAUAAGAUUCAACAAACGACGAAUUCGAAUUGUUUGCCUUAAUGCUGACAUUUGCAAUCACUCUUCAAGAUUGUCAACUAAAUGUGCAAAUUAGCAAAAUGUAGCUGAACGUCAAUGUUCUAACUUGAAAUACGCUUGAACUCUACAAUUCCGUUACAGCCAGCUACUAUUUUUUUUCCCUUUUUUUUUUUGCUUAUUCAGAGUGAGCGGAAUAGUUGGAACGGUAGUAAAAUAGACCAUAGUAACUUUUGGUUGGUGAAUGUACAUGAUAUAAAAUAAGACGGAAUUACAUGAGCCGAAAACAAAUAUCAGAAUCAAUUGUCUCAUCUGGAGAUAUAUAAAUGUGUCGUUCAGGCCCAUAAUGUAGAUAGAAUGUGUAUAGCAAGUACGUAAUUAAUAAAUAAUUUCAGAGCUCAA